AUGGCGCGGACCACAAAUAUACCAUCUAGGAAGAGCAUUCAUUGGAGGCAGUAUGGAAGGGGUAGGGGGAAGAAAAAGAGGAGAAACGAGAAAGGAGGGAGAAAGAAUGAGGGAGGGUUGGGAAUAUAUCCCUUGCUUGUGGGAGGAGGGAGAGAGGGUCCAGUUCUUUUGGGGUCCACAAGUAGAGUGCUCUUUCGGUAUGCCUUCUUUAUCGAGGACCCAAAUAUUCUCACCUAG